UCAGGCAACCGGCGCGGGGUUUCAACAAGAAACUAAAACAUCGAUCGGUUUGUUUAACUUUUACUUAGGUGUUGCAAACAUUUCGAAUAGAAGAAUUUUUCGGAAGGUGUCAAAAAGAAGUGAUCUAGACGUAGAUAAAUAAAGACUUUGAAGAUAAAUACGAUCAAAAUAAGGUGUUGUACCAGAACGUGUUGUGUGAAUAUAAUUUUGAAAUAUUGUACAAGAUGAAGCGAUUUAUUCUUAUGCUGGCCUUUGUCACAUUGACCCAGGCGCUCUCGAUUGACGAUCGUUCACUGGACAUCAACAUCAACGUUGAGAAGAACUCCAAUCUCUACCACCAUGGGCAGCUUCGGCAGGGCGCUUUUGAGUAUGGAUUAGACGUGAUGAAACAGGUGGACAAUCAUUUCCAGCACAAGGUCAAGGGACUAGACGGUGUCACGUAUGGAUGCUACGGAUUCGUUGAUCCCGACGGAAAACCACAUCUGGUGCAUUAUGUGUCCGAUCUGAAGGGAUAUCGUGUUGUGCCACCGGAUCAUGCUACGAAAAUAUACAUUGCCCGAUUGGAGAAGAGCAUUACCAAUGUGUAUCAAGCUUCUGUGGAGAAGGAUGUACAAUGGAAAGACCUAUUCUUCCCACCGGCAUGCAGAACGUUAAAGGCGGCACUGGAUAAAACUACACGGCCCACAACUCCACGACCGACCACUCCUCGGCCGACGACCCCCAAACCAACAACAGCCCGUACAACACCGCGCCCAACUACAACCGCUGCCCCACCGGAGCCCGAAUUCGUCGAUUCAAGUAAUGUGCACGCGGCCUACGCUCCCUGUCCCGAUUCCGGCUCGUGCUCCAGAGUUUGUGACGAGUUGAAAGUGGAACUGAAGGAAAUCAAGGCCAAACUGAAAGUGCUGGUUGAUAGUCUGGCCGGACAACAGCAACGGAAGAAGCCAGCGGGAGGAAAUGAAACCUUUGCCUACUUUCCAGUUAUGUUAAGCGACAGUCCUCCGGAAGGGUUCGAUGCCCGAUCCGGGAAGUAUGCGUUCCCGAUAUUUGCCCAGCCGCAAUGCGGCAGACAGUAGGACGGUUCCUUGGGGUCAAUCUGUGGUACGAGGGUACUAUUUUGGAGUGCAAUGAAUAGAAAUAAUCAUAAUUAUUAGAAAUAAAAACCAGCGAACUUUGAAUGUGAUUAGUAUUCUAGUUAUUUUUUUUAACUAAUAGUGCGAGAAGCAGGAAAUAAACGAGGGUAAUAGCAGAAAGAGAAUCAAUUAGUUAUCCAGAUGACUGCUAUACAAAUUGUUGUUUAUUCAGACGAUUCGCUUGAACCCCAACGGGUUUAAUUAAAACGAAAUGAAACGUUGUAUCAUCCUUGUUUGUGUGUGUAAACGAAACAAAAUCACUAUUGGAGUUUGAGUUUGCAAUAUUACACAGUGGUAACAAAUUGAGGUCAAUAGAUUAGUUUACAUUGGUAUCAAACACAUUUAUCACGAUGUCGGCGUCAUCAUUUGUACACAUUGGGCUUAAACAUAACACCUAAGAACAAUACUUGAAGCUGGUGAAGUUUUAUCAAUCAAUUUGGUUAUCGUUUAAUGUAGCUAUGGGUUCCGAAUGAUUAACACAGUGAGACUUGAAUGAACAUUACUGGUAAUUUCAGCACCUAUUGAAGAAGAAAUAUUAACCUGAUACUAGACUAUUACUGUUACUAUAUACUAUGUGCCUUCCACCAGAUCCAAAUCCGGAAAUAUAUAGCAACUUUAGAAGUAAUAUCGUUACUACUAGUUCAGCCUAAGAUGAGAACUGAGAGUGAAUUGAAAAUUGCAAAGAGCAUAUAAGUUUGUAAUUUGUUUUGAUCAAUAACUUAUUAAUAUAUUAUAAUAUAUAUAAUAUGAUUGGUACGAAAUUACGAAGUUGAAGUUGAGAAAACAUGUCGUUUAAUGCUUCAAACAUUGAAUUUAAGUAAUGAAAACAUUAUAAGCCGAAAUAAAGUAUGAUUCGUGAAUUCAAGCGAUGCUAUACAUUAUUUGGCUUGAAUCUUUUUUUGUUCCAUAUAUUAAAGUUGUGAUUGUAAGAGGUUUUCUCUGCUCGAAAUAAACAAAUAAAUGAAACAAAAAAUGAGAGUUAAGUCCAACGAAGAAAACGAUAAAUGAAAGCCUGUUUCAAUCUAUAUAGUGAUGCGAUGAUAUCUUUCUCAUAUUACUCAUAUUUAUAUACAUAUUACAAAGGGAUUCUAAUAAAAUUUCAUAGAAUAAAAACAAGAAUGAAG